UGUGUUGGAGGAAUGUACUGUCCCUCACCCGGACCCCCCGCCACAGCCCCGCUCUGCCGCCCCCGGGCAACAGCUUCUCACCCCCGGGCCCAGGGAUUGGCCCGGCGGAGGCGGCAUCAGCGGCGGUGACGGGGGGGGGGGCCUUCCCCACCCUCCCUCCUCUUCCCUCCCCGUCCCCGCCGCCCCCUCGCACCGGUGCGUAAAGGCCAACCGGGGGACCCAGACGCAGGCAGCCACCGAGCUGCCGCCGCUCAGCGCUCAACCUCCCCUCAGCACCCCGCGAUGGCCAGCCGCCUGACCUGCUGCCUCCUGCUGUGGGCCCUGGGCCACGGGCAUUGCCGCUCGCCUGCAGGGGAGGGCGACGGCACCCAGUCCGCCUGUCCCGUCCAGCUGCCCGCCGCCCGGGACUCGUCCUCCCCCGGCCGAGACCCCAGCAGGGGCUCUUCUCCGACCCCUGCGCUGGGCAGUAUCGCUCAGGACAUGGUAGCUGUCCACAUGCUUAAGCUCUACGAGAAGUACAACCGGGAAGGGAGCCGGCCCGGCGACGGCAACACGGUCCGCAGCUUCAAAGCCAGGCCGGAAUUCUUAGCCCAGAAGCCCUUCUACUGCUUCAAUUUGACAUCCAUGCAGGACUCAGAGAUGAUCCUUGCAGCUACUUUUCACUUCUAUGCUGAGAAACGUCCUCGGCAUCGGGAAGCAUUUUGUAAGCGGUCUAAGAACUCAUCCUGCCGCCUUCUUCACCUGCCUCCGAUCUUCCGUCUCCACCUCACUUUCCAAAGCAUUCACCAGAAUUCUGCCUAUGGAGUAGUGAAAGGGAACACUACUGUGUUACUUCAAAGGCGAGGGGCUUGGCAUGCUAAAGACAUUUCAGGUAUCAUAAAAGAAUCAAAACAGGCUGGAGAGCUCAUUGUCUGUGCUAAACUUGACUCUGGGGAGAAACACCAGGGCUUCCCUGAACAGGUCACCAGUCAUUUACCUUAUAUACUAGUUUAUGCCAAUGAUCUUGCAAUCUCUGAACCUAACAGUGUGGCAGUCACACUACAGCGUUAUGAUCCAUUCCCUUCCAAUGAUGGGGACUCAAAUCUAUCUCCUAACACUUCUACUGAUACCCGAGUGAGGAGGGAUACAUAUUUCUCCAGCUCUAUUCAGAACAAUGAGUUGCCAGAAGUAGAUUAUAACAACAAUAAAUACAACAAACAUGAAAUAUGGGAGAAUGCCUACAAGUCCUUGAAGCCAAAAGCCUCACGCAAAGAACGAAGGAGAAAAGGGCAAGAAAAUACAGAAACACUUAUAAAGUCUCAGGUGCUAAAUUUUGAUGAGAAAACAAUGAAGAAAGCAAGACGAAAACAAUGGAAUGAGCCAAGGAUUUGCUCAAGACGAUACAUGAAAGUUGACUUUGCUGAUAUUGGCUGGAAUGAAUGGAUCAUAUCUCCAAAAUCAUUUGAUGCCUUCUACUGUGCAGGCACAUGUGAAUUUCCAAUGCCCAAGAUUGUUCGGCCAUCAAAUCAUGCUACAAUCCAGAGCAUCGUAAAAGCAGUAGGAAUCAUUCCUGGCAUCCCAGAACCCUGCUGUGUUCCUGACAAAAUGAGCUCUCUCAGUGUCUUGUUCCUAGAUGAGAACAAAAAUGUUGUUUUAAAGGUAUAUCCCAACAUGUCAGUGGAAACUUGUGCCUGCCGAUAAGUUCAGACAAACACAUCUUUAAUGAGGCCCAUGCAUCCUGCCUGACUACACUGGGAAAGUUGUAAAUGGGAAAUGAAUUCACUUGUAUUCAUCAGUGAAUGCAGUCCUACAACUGCUCUACUGAAAGCACGUGGAGAGACUAAAAUGAUACAAAUGGAAUGAUAUGUCUACUGUUAUCAUUUGUCUUCUGUAUUCAUCUUCCAGGAAUUCAGUACUUUUACAAAUAUCUCCCUAACCCACCUAGCCAAGACAUCUGAUAUUUAGUGAGGAAAUGUAAGUGUAAAGUUUUCCAUAAUCAAAGGACUAAAAUAUGUUGUUAUAUCCUAUUUUUUUUCUGGACUCUUUUAUCUCUUCAGUUAAUCAAGAAGAUGAAAAGUGAACUUUCAAAGGCAGGCUUAUUCUAGAAUAUCACUUCUGUACACAAAUCAGAACUUUUUGCCUAAAACACUCAUACUCUUAAUCUGCAUAUUUAUACUGAAUAAUGCUGUAAUAAAGGGCUUAAAAUGCAUAUUUUCUUCAGAAUGCAAGUAUAGUGCACUGCACAAGCUUUCAUAUAAACAGUAUGUUAACAUAGCCAUUUUUGGUUAUCCUUCCCUAAUACAUAAUUUGUUCUUCAAAAGACAUAUGUAAUAUCCCACAACCUUUGGUUUGCUGGAUAAUUUUGGGUUGUUAAACAUAUUCUCUGAGUAACACAUGCUAUAUAGUAAUAUGUUGAAAUACUAAAAAUAAAAUAACCAAGAUUUAUAUUUUUGUAAAUUACACUUUAUAUUCUCUAGAUUGUUACAUGCUUUUAACAAAAGCUAAUAAAUUAAAGGUACAGUAGUAUCUUAAAAUAGAUGAAUUGUCUUUCUAUAAAUGCACUUUCUUACAUUCUGUUAAUUAGAUGGAAAGAUGUUAAGCUUGUCAUAAUCCAUGUCAAUAGAUUAAAGAAAGAAGGGAAUACUAUGGUCAUCUAGACUGACCUCCUGCUUAGCAAAGAUCAAAGAAAUUUGCCCAGUAGUUUCUGCACCCUGCAUUAUGGACCUCCUAUCUUGAGCUUGGGAAUAUCUUUGAAAAACAUGCAUAAAUUUGGCUUUAAAGAUUUCACGUGACAGAGUAUCUCUACUGGACUACAGGUCCAGGACUACAGUUGUGCCGAAAGUUAGCACUCUUUGUUCAUAUGUGGUGGCUUAAUCCUAGUCUGAAUUUGCUGAGCUUUAGCUUCAAUUCACUGAAUCUUACUGUAACCUAUUUUACUGGAUCCCUUUUAUCUAUUAUCCAAAAUACUUUCACUGUGUAUUUCUAGUAUACAUAGCAGGAUCAAAUUACAUUUUGGCUAAGGUUUAAAUAGCUACUUUGAUUUCUUAUUCUAAGCCUCAAAACAAUUUCUCACAGCUCUUUUCUGAACUCUUUCCAGAACUCUCAUUAACUUUCUUUUGCAACAAUGAACCUCACAAUGGGACACAAUAUUUGGCAGUGCUUCCAUUGGAAGUCUUUACAGAAAUGAAAUCUCUAACUCCUGUACAGUGUUUUGCCACUGAUAUUCUAUGCUAAUUUGGUGCAGAUUCUCAGACAGAGGUGUUUAAUCAUGCCACUUCUUGCUAACCCACAUAAAAGCAAGGUUUAAUGUGUACGAGAUUCUCUGCAAUGUUACUCUCACUUCAGUUCUUGCUGGUUUAUCCUAAAUAGCUUUCAGGAAGGAGAUCAUUCUAAGGAGCCUUGUAUUGACUGCCAACUAUGACUUCCAACAGAUCACUGAACCAACCAGGCAUUUCUUCUUCUCUCAAAACACUACAGUGAUUUACACUGGAAUGACUGAGACAAACCUUUGUAUAUUGAUACUGUUAAAGAUCUCCCAUAAAAAUGUGGGGUCUUGUUUUUCUAAUAAAUCAUAAGGAACUCAGUUACAGUUUUCAAAGUAAUGCUAAUUCAUAAAGUCAAAGAGUUCUCAGAAGUUAAUGAUUUAUUCCUACAGAAUAGUUGCAAGUAUAAAACUUUAUGAAGAAUCUUAAGUCACCAUAAUUUCUAUUCUCUAUAAAAAUCUACCAUUUUCUGUAGGUCUAACCUUGCUCCCAUUUAGCACCAGCUCUAAACAGAAUGAUGUAAUAGUCUAACAUCUUUAUGUUCUCAUCCACUGUAUUUUGUUUUCUAAAGAAAUCUUUUCUAUAUCUAGAAUUAAUUCUUGGGUAAAAACUUUCUUUUCAAGAUGUGCUGAUGCAAGCAAUUUGGAAAGAGAUAUCACCCUAUGAUCUGUUAUAAGGUCUAUAGGAAAUAAGGGGAAAUGACAUUUCUAUACUCAUUAGGAUAUCUAUAAGUCCCUAGAAGAUUUGUGUGUACUUAAAGGUUUGUUAGCAAAACUAUUACUUAGGAUGGGCAAAACUAAAUCAAACCUGUAAAUAACAUAGAUUUCAGGGCAUAGCCUUGUUACAGAAGAAAUGCUAUUCCCUUAGUAGUGGAGUUUAUUUCAUUUUCUGUUCAGCUAUACCAGUCAGUUUUCUAAUGUGAACAAGGUCUUAAACCACUAUUUUUUUUUAGAAGCUUAAGCUACUGCUUUCCAGAAGUUUGGUAUCUGGAUGUCUAAUCUUCCUUUAGAAAAGAAAACUUUGCAUUUAAAAUGGCACAAAUGCAGUUAGCUGCUUCUGGAAGACAUGGAUACCCUUACUCUUUUGGUUACAGCUGAUCUGUUCUAUGAACAUCCUAAGACCAUUUCACAUAACAUUUAGUUUCUAGGGAAAAUUACUAUUGACCAGCACUUAAAAGAGCAGGUGAAGAUAAUUCAACUAACUAACCCAGAAGAAUUGAAGGUUUAUCAAUAUGGGAUGAUUCAGAACAGAAAAAAAAUAACCAAGAAAACAGCUGAUACUAGUCAGCAAAGUGUUAAUGACAUUUUUAUCUAAAACAAAUCCAAUUCCUUGAGGUCACACUUUAACUACCACAGAUAAUAGCAGCAACUAGAAUGUACUUAGGUUUUUGUGGAAUAUUUCAACUCACUUGCACAAGGCUGUGAAUGUAAAAUAAACCACUGGACAGUAUUAAUGUAUUUGUGUAUCUCAUGAAUUAACAACUGUCUCGCUCCCAAACCUCAAAGAGCAGCUUUCAAAAGAAAUUGCCAUUAAACAAAACUGUUCAUUGUAAAGUUUCUGCAAUGUGACAACUUGGCCUGACAUCAUUUGAUAUUUUUAUAUGUGUACUGGAAAUCUGUGUAUAACAACCCCCACAGCAUUUGCAGAAAACAGUGUUUAGGAGAGGAGUAUUUAUAUAAAUCACUUGAUCUACUGCACUUCAGGUCAUCAAAAUUCAUUUUAGGGUAGAUGCAGAACUCAGUACCUGAGCAUAAGGAAUGGAAGCUGUUCCUACUAAGUAAAAGACCGGAUUCUUGAAAGCAAUAAAUCUCAAAACAGUUUGUGUGGAUGUGAUGGAUUUAUGGCACAGUAUGAGCAUCCAAGGUGAUGCUAAUGAAAGUUUUGAAAAGAUACACAGCAUAGUAUUGAACCACAUAAGAAAAGCAGAUUUUCUUUCUGUAUGCAACGCUGGUGGAUCACCACUAGAAAACUACAUAUAGCCCCACCAUUCACCUUCUCAAAUAGACACUCAAAUUCUGAACACCAAAACAAAAUGAAAAGGCAGAGAAUAUGUCAUGUUACUAAAAAUCAUACUCUACUUAUUUUAUCAGAAAGCAAAUUGAGGAGAAACUUGAUUACAUUACAGAAGUACUUUGACAACCCUUAAGCCUGCCAGGAAGUCACAAGAACUCCUGUCUAGAAGGUCAAAUCAGCCACAGUGAAGUAAUAAAUGAAGCACCAUGGGUUUUGAAGUAUAAACAAUAAUCUUAAGAAAUCUUUGAUUGCUCGACAUUUUCAGAUAAAUUCUGGAUACCCUUAAAUAGUUAUGCUUUAGCCAAACACAGCUAGUGGGCUCCUCAGGCAGGUAGGAAACACAGAUGCCUUGAGUAAAAUGUAACACUCUUGCUGUGCAGGAGAUCAGGAUUGGUGCCAAAUAAUCUUGUCUGACUUUAUACCAUAGCAAUAUAAUUAACCAGGAUCUUGGAUCCAUUUGUCACUUGAACAGAUAUGUAAGUGUGUACUUGAAAAGUCUGGGAUUACUUUAAAUGCUGUGUAUACACUGCUGGAAAACAGGAGAACGGCCAGAAAAGAUAAAAUCCUGUGAUAUCUUUUCAAUUAGUUUCUUUAAAAUGUAAAAACACAUGAUACUCUUCAAGUUUUAUGCUACAUGUAAAUCGCUUUUGUAUCCUGAGAUUAAACCAUAAUGCAUAUAUUAAGAUAAACAGCAAAUUAUAUUUGUGUCUAUAAAUAAAUGAGAGAUUUUCCUCGUGUA